AGAAGAAGAGCGUUUGGCUGGCUAACUACUGGGCGAUUACAGAGCCAAACAGGUUUCUGGUCUAGUCCAGCUGAGGAUGACCAAUCACAGACACCCCGGUGAUGAUGUGGACGAGCUGUCGGCCAGCGAUGAGUCGGAGCCUGAAGAGCAGCCCAGCAGAGCUCCCUUUGACCCGGAGCUGGACCACAGCGGCGAUGACGGGGAGGUCCUCGCUCCAGCUGCCGCCCCCACGGCUCAGAGCUCCUUCAUCCUGAGCGGAGCCAGCUCGGCCUUCUCACACCGCAGCCGUAGCAUCUUCCACAGCCUGGACAGCCUGGAGAGACAGCCUGCCUCGUCUCUGAACCAGCCUCCGUCCAUCUGCCCCACACCACCCAAGAAGAGGGGCGUCCCAGACUACCUGGUGCACCCCGAGCGUUGGACCCACUACAGUCUUGAGGACGUUCCUGAGAGCAGCGAUCAGACCAACCGCAUGGCGGCGCACCACUUCCUGUCCAGUUUGCAGCCAGAGAGGAAGCAGGACUCCCCCUGCAAUGUCCAGCAGAAGAUGGUCUUCUCCAGACCCAAGAGACCGCUGAGGGACCAGCUUCCAGCCGAUCAGCAGGGGAACGAGAAGGGGCUGCACCUCAGCCACCUGGCAGAGGAGGAGGAGGAAGAGGAGGAGGAGGUAGGCCGGAAAAGAAAAGAGGCUGGAGGAAGAACUGGAAAAAUCCUAGAAACGACAGACAGAGGAGGGAAAGCUGAGGAGAAAGGAGUGGGUUCAGCAGAGGAGAAGAUGAUGGAGGACUGCAGCCCUGGAUUCAACUCCUUCCGGAAGCUGAAGAGGAAGGUUUACAGGAAGAGCUCAGGACACGAGGACAACUGAGGACAAAAGUCCUCUCCUCGUGUCCAGGCCCAUGUCUGACCAGAGGAGUCCUCCCAGACCGACUCCUGCAACGGUCUGUUGACCUGAAGGACGCCAACACUCCUCUGCAGGUUAAUAAGCAAGCUUGUACACAUCAGACUCACGGGUUGCAUUUAGAGCCACGGAUAUCAUCCAGGUAUCAUCAGACUGAGAUCCCUGAACUGAUGGAAUAUUCUGGAUAUAUGGACUGGUUCUGAUCCAUCAGCAACAGAUCAGACUUGUAGGUGGUUCAUGAAGCUUUUAGUUCAGCACCACGUGGAGGACACUGGGAUUUUCCAAAUAAAAGAAGGUAUAAGCCGACCACAAUUGGACUUAAAUUACAAGUAAACGUGUCCGUCAUGUCUACCCACCCAUAUGAUGUAGCUGCUGAGUCUAAGCACGUCGUUCAUGCUCCUCUGUUCCUGUCUUUUGUAAAAAGUAGGUUAAUGACUCCAGCUGAAUCUCCUGUCCAUAAAAUCCUGGUUCUGACUGAGAAGCAGUUGAAGUCAGCUGUGGUGAAAUCAUGAUUCUGUAACCAAAGAGCGAUCGGAUGAGCCGUUUGAAGACAGACCAGUGAAUCCAGUACUACUUCCACCACACUCUUCCUCAGUGUCUGAUGGAGCACCCUGACUGACCGGCCGGACCUCAGCCGGACCUCGGCUGCUCCUAUGACCUCGUGUUUACUGCCUGCAGUUGUUGCUGCUGCCAUGGCAACAUGCAGGAUGGCAGCUGAACUGUGAGUCAGCACCCUGAUGUGAAGCAGCUGAUGCAGCCGAGCAGGAUUUACAUGGCGCUCGGGUGAUGAAGCUGCUUUAUCUUCUGGCUGUGAGAGCCUGAAACAGACCAUGAGGCUCUGCUGCUCAUCUGAUAACAACCGGCUUCCUGUUUUUAUGCAAAGUGCAGGUCUGCUUUUGUGUCUGUGCUCUCUGGGUUUGCGUGACAGAACUGAAUUAAAGGGGUGAAUUCUCA